AUGAACCCCGGGGUCGUCGCCUCCACUCGCCGCGCGACGCGCAUCCCAAACUGGGUCUGGGCACUGGGCUUUGGCAGCAUCUCAGUUGGCACCUAUUGGUACGUGGUGCAGAAGGCGCUGGAGGACGAAUCUGCGCGGCAGGCAGCGGCAGGGCAGCGCAAGUAA